UACUCUCUCUAUUGAAUAAUUCACAUCCCCGAGCGUAAUUUCAGUAGGCAAUGUACUUUUCAUUGAUAAUUAAAUAUUCAUCUAAUAUAUGUGUGAAAUCAUAACGUAUUAUUUCACGUGAAGAGAAUUACUAACUGGACGAUGGGUAUUCCCUCUUAGGGAUAUGUGAAUUUACGCCAUCUCUUCAUCGAAUGUAAAAUUACACUUGUAUUUGUGAGCGACUAGUGUAAUGUUGAUUCUUGUCUACAGAAGCGCAUCGGUUUGUCUGGCGUGUGCAUUGAAAUAUUUUUGUUAUUGGUGAAAAUAAGUAUAGAAGGAAUAUGACUGAAGAGAGAACUGUUUUCAAAAUUUGGAAUAAUUUCCGAACUAAAAAAACAAUUGUGGUUGUUGACGCUUCAGAUAAUAACCUUUAUGAAAACUUAAUCUUGAAGGCAUCUGAGAAACUACAAAUAGAUGGAUCCCAGUUAGUUUUAGAAACAGACGGCACAACUAUCGAUGAGAAUGAGGCAUUAGUUAUGUUGAAUAAAGAAAUAUUUAUAUUAUUAGAUAAAAACGAGUUUUGGGUGCCUUCUGUUACAAAUACUACCAACACCAGCAGCAUCAUGAGCCUAGAUACAACUUUAUCAGCAAUUUCCACAGAUAGUACAGAUAUACCUAAUACAGUUAUAGUUUUGGAUACGGAAGAAUCCAGUCAUCCACAAGAAAAAGAAUACAAUGAAUGUGUAUGUUUUGUACCUAAUGCAUUGAUUAAUGUUGAUGAAGCGUACGAUGAAAAAGAGAAUAAAGUUGGAAUAUUGAACCAACCAGAGAAAAUAAUUACAGAGAAUUUCUGGAGAAACUUCCACAUUCCAUGGCAUAAGUUACCUCGUACCAUACUUAAUGAAAUACAAACAGGCGGUCGUGGAAAACACAUUGAGGAAGAAGUGUUGAGCCUUGUUUUACGAGAAAUGAGAACAAUUCAAACACGAAUUCCCUUGAAUUACUUCCGAAUCAUCGUUCAUAAAAUCAUUGAAAAGUCUCCGAAAACAUUUCAGGAUGUUGAUGAUGACGGUGUUGUGCUUGGCGAUGGAUCAAGUACAUUGUUAUUGAAACUGAAAGAUAGAAAUAAUUAUAAAAAUCAGCUGGUGAAGAGAAAACAUGAUACAGCAAUAAAUGAAAUAAAAAAGAGAAGGAAAACAAGUGAAAUAUGCAUUGAAGAAACAUCGCAAAUCGAAAAGAAAAGUUCACCGAUAGAACAACGGAGCAUAGAACAUAAAAUUACUGACAUAAAUAGAGAUUAUGAAAAUCUCUCAGAUAUAGAACUGGAACUUUUAUUGGAGGAAACUUAUGAGAAACAAAGAAUGCUCAUCGAUAAAAUAUUGCCCAUCAUUCAAAUGAAAAGUAUGUGGCCUUGCUUCUUUCAAAGGCGUUUUAUUUUCUGGCAUUAUCAAAGAUUAAUGGGACAUUCAUUGAACCAACUGGAAACUGCGAUGAAAAUGAAAAUUGAUCGUCUGUUGGAUUAUCUCCAUAUGAAAAAAUAUAUAGGAAAAACACCAAUUGAAGCAAGUGAUACAGAAAAAUAUAUGAACUUAUUGAAAGGCUUAACUAAGCAUUUCAGAGAAGUUUUCGACUAUAUUCUUAAAACUUUGAAGAGUCAGGACCAAGUAAACGAAGUGGAGUCUUUGCGGCCAUGUCUCAUUUUCGUAGAAGAUGACAGUAAAUAUUACAUUGUCAUAGAGAAAAUCAUUGUUAAUGAUGGUACCACCGAUUUCAUUGAUGCACUGAAGCAGUGCUAUGGAUGUUUUUAUAUAUUCAAUAUGAAAUACCCCGAGAGAGCUUUAUCAACAAUGGAAUUUCUGCAGAGAUAUUUCAUGAAAACACAUCCUAGCACCGGGACCAAAGCCAGCACUUCUGGAACGAACAAAAAUAGCGUGAUAAGGUUUUUGAAGAAUUUUGCAGAGUUUAUUACCAAAGAUAAUAACAGCAAUUGAAGAAAAAAGGAAAAGAAAUGUUACUUUCAUUUCUCUUUCCGAAUAAUAAUUCCACCAUGAGCAACAAAGAAAAUGUGUUAAUUUGAAGAAUUGUUUUUUAUUUUGUACUGUUGUUAUUUGAUUUUUUUUUAAUGAAAGAAAAAAACAUUGUUUUGUCGAAUUCCCUUUCAAGAAUGUUUAUGAAUUUAUUUUAUAUAUACAUAUUUUUUUAAUAUAUCAAUGUGUAAUA